GUUCUCUUUCUGAACUAAAUUGGAAAACCAAUAUCCAAAAUUUGCAUAUGGUAUGAGAAGGUGUCCCAAGAAGGAAGACAAACCCUCAGGCACGUUAUAAUUAAAAAAAUAAAUUAUCGUCCUAUUAAUAAUUGAUUUAGCGAGUGAGUGUUUCUUUUUUUUCUCUCUCUCUCAACUUGAACUCAACCCUUCCUUCGUUCCGCGACAACGAUGACCAACUACGGCACAAUUCCAACCUCCUCCUCGCCUUCGACCAACCUCGACUUCAUCUCACGCGCCAAGCAGCGCGUCAAGGAGGGCCUCGGAACCCGCCGUCCAUGGAAGCUCAUGUUCAAUUUCCGAUCCUUCGGUCUCCCCGCCGGGGUCGGAGACGCCGUCGCGCGUGUGAGGGAGAACAUCUCCUACUUCCAGAUGAACUACGCGAUCGUCGUGCUCAUCGUGCUGUUCCUGAGUCUUCUAUGGCAUCCAAUCUCGCUGAUCGUGUUCGUCGUGCUCAUGGCGGCGUGGCUCUUCCUCUACUUCCUCCGCGACGAACCGCUAAUCAUCUUCGGAAGACUAAUCAGCGACCGCGUCGUGCUUAUCGUUAUGGCGGUGCUGACCGUCGUGCUGCUGCUUCUCACCGGCGCCAUCGGCAACAUCCUGGUGGCGCUGCUCAUCGGAGCGGUGUUGAUAGUGGCGCACGCGGCGUUGAGGAAAACCGAUGAUUUGUUCUUGGACGAAGAAGAGGCCACUGGAUUCUCUCCUCCCGGUGCUCCUCUCUCUUGAUCCCAAUCUUCUCUUUCUUUCUAUGAAUUUGUUAUUUGGUCAAUUUAGUAAAUAAUUUUAGGUUCAGUUUGGUUUCUUUCGGUUUAUAUGUUUUUGCCCUUUUUCGGAGGGGAAAUUUGCAUUUCGUGUCUGUGAAGAGAGAUGCUUGGUGAAGUGAAAUUCAUUUUCUUACGCUUUGUUAAUUUAAUUUAGUUAUUAUAUCAGAGAUUUUAUCAUCUUUUUUUGUC